AGGAGUCCACAUCCUGAAGCAGCGCACUGUACCUGUAGUGUGGCUCAGACACAGCGGAGCAGCUAGUGAGCUAAUACACUGACAGAAAGCUAAAAACACAACACGUUAUAUUCGUUAGGUUGGCCAGUCUCUUGUCCUGAACAUUACCCGGAGUAACCAGUCCGCACCCCAGCCGCAAACUGUACCAUGGUCGGCGUUAAAGUGAUCGGGAGCGACCCGGACUUCCAGCCGGAGCUAGCGGCCGCCGGCUCCAGGCUCGCCGUGGUGAAGUUCACAAUGGCUGGGUGUCGGCCCUGUGUCAGAAUAGCUCCAGCUUUCAACAUGUUGAGUAACAAGUACCCACAGGUCGUCUUCCUUGAAGUAGAUGUUCAUGUCUGUCAGGCAACAGCAGCAGCCAACAACAUCUCAGCCACACCGACGUUCUUGUUCUUCAGGAACCGGGUUCGGGUGGAUCAGUAUCAGGGGGCAGACGCCGCAGGUCUGGAAGAGAAGAUCAAACAGCACACAGAGAAUGACCCGGGAAACAGCGAGGACUCUGACAUCCCAAAAGGAUAUAUGGACCUCAUGCCUUUUGUCAGCAAAGCUGGCUGUGAAUGCCUGAACGAGAGCGACGACUGUGGCUUCGAUAACUGCUUAAUCAAAGACUCCACCUACCUGGAGUCUGACUGUGACGAACAGUUGCUGAUUACGAUCGCCUUCAACCAGCCUGUGAAGCUUUUCUCUAUGAAGCUACUGUCCUCAGACUUUGCCCAAGCCCCUAAGAUGGUGAAGGUUUUCAUCAAUCUCCCCCGGUCGAUGGGUUUUGACGACGCCGAGCGGAGUGAAGCCACUCAGGCUCUGGAGCUGUCAGAGGAAGACUACAAAGACGACGGUUUGAUUCCCCUGCGCUACGUCAAGUUCCAGAACGUCCAGAGUGUUACGUUGUUUGUCAAGUCGAACCAAGGAGACGAGGAGACAACAAAAAUCAACUACCUGACAUUCAUUGGUACUCCAGUACAGGCCACCAACAUGAACGACUUCAAAAGGGUUGUGGGAAAGAAAGGAGAGAGUCACUGAGCAGGAGAACCAAGGGGAGGGUGAGAAGAAGAAGAAGAGGAAGAGGAGGCUGCAGAUACAUCCAUGGACUUUCCCUCUGCCAAAGCUGACACACACUCUGCUGUCAAUAACCACAAACACACACAUACAUACACACAGCCUCUAGCUGACCUCCUCAAGCUCUGAAUGAAUUCUCCGUCUGUGGAGAGUCGGUCUAUAAGUCAUUUGUAUUGUAAUUCUGAUGAAAAUCACUGUAAAUAAACACAAUCCUUUUUCAAAGGCA